AUGUCGGACGACGAAGCAGAUCCCGAAUUGCUCGCUCUUUUACGCAAGUCCCUCGGGCUAGGAGGAGGGGCAGCAAACCCGGGCGCAGCAGAGACAAAAGUUUUGGAGAAUUCGCAGUACGUCUUCGACAAUGCUAUUGAUGUCGCAUUGAACCCAGCCAAGACCAAAGAGGCCGCCGAAACCAUCUGGCGUUUGAUGCAGAAAAAGGAAUAUUCCACGCAGACAUGGUCGGAGCAUGAAUUACAUCCCAAGACCAAGGAUGAAAGCACCGUGGACUUCAUUUUCACCAUGGAUUUACUAAACUUCAGUUUUUGGUCGGAGCGCCCGGAGGAGAAACGCUUCGCUAUCGAAUAUCGCGGCAGGAAGUGGACCGGGUACUGGAGCUUAGUGGCUGCGUUGCAGAGGGCUUUGGAUGAGGAGAUCCCCAUUACAAGCCCCUACUUUUGGGUGAAUGAAGACGAAUGUUCUGAGUCUCUACUCAAGCAUGUGUUUCGAUCGGUAACUGCCGAGGAGAUUCCUCUCCUGCAAGAGCGUCUCCAGUGCCUGCGGGAAGCGGGUCGAGUCUUGUGCGAAGAUUUUGAGGGUAGUUUUGUCAACUGUAUCUAUAACGCCAACUACUCAGCUGCGUCCCUCGUAAACCUUAUGGCUGAGAGUUUCCCCUGCUUCCGGGAUGAAACCAGCUUUCAGGGACGGAGGGUUCGGCUCUAUAAACGCGCGCAGAUCUUAGUUGCGGACCUAUGGGCCUGCUUCAACGGCGAGGGCCUUGGCGAAUUCCACGAUAUUAACAAGAUCACAAUGUUUGCAGAUUACCGAAUCCCCCAAAUACUAAACCAACUCGGUUGCCUUAUGUAUUCUCCACCUCUGGAAAGCCAUAUUCGCGACCUCAAACCAAUUCCCAGUGGCUCUACUUGGGAGGUUGAACUGCGCGCGACCAGCAUCUGGUGCGUUGAAUUGAUUAGACGAGAGAUUGAGAAGAACCAUCCAGACGCGAAGCCCAAGAUAAAGCCUACACAGCCUAACGGGCAUGUGGCCAGUGUGGAUCGCCGCCAAAGCCUCACCACCUUGGCAUUAGAAGAACAAAGGAAGUGCACUACACAAAAACACAUUACACAAACCAGCCCUGCUAAGCCCGCAUCGUCGGGCGUCAAUGCAAUCUUGAUAGAUUUCUUUCUGUAUGACACCAUGAAAGAGUUAGAAAGAGACGGAAAGGAGCAGAUUCCCCAUCAUCGCACAAGGAGUAUUUGGUAUUAA